AUGUCGAUACUAGAGAGGCAAAACUACUUGUUCAUCAACUACAAUAGUGGUGACGAAAGCAGUAAUAGUACCAGCGACGAUAGCAGUAGUAGUGAUGAAGAAGACUCAAUUUUCUUGGGUGAUGUCGACGAAUUUAUGGCAGAGGUUGAGUCUAAAAUUCAUCCUCACUUCAGGGAAAUUGCUGCGUCUAUUAAAAAAGACGAUGUCUUUGGCCUUAGUGUUGCCCUAGAUAAUUUUAUUGGAAAUAUUGACGAAGAUUUGAUAGACGGAGAAACUGCUCUUCAUUAUGCAUGUGAAAAUUACAGUCGAUCCUGUUUCGAGUUACUACUUCAAAGAAAUGCCAAUAUAGAGGCUACAAAUACCCGUGGAUCAAUUCCUCUUCAUAAGGCUUGUCCUCUUCAUGAAGCAGCAACUUAUGGAAAUGCUAGAGUAGUAAAAUUGUUAUUAGAAUGUGGAGCUUGUACUGAUAUAACAAAUUAUGAUGGAAAGAUUCCAUGGGAUUUGGCUAAACCUAAUUCAAAUAUUAGAAGAAUACUAGAGGAAAAUGAUGAAGAUUAA